AUGUUCGACGCGACCGCUCGACACGGAGCAGCUGGCAGCGUUCGCACCCGCAAAAAGAAAACCGUCAACCGCAUGCUCCAGGCGUUGAGAUCAGGGCCGACAAGCUGUUCCAAAGCCAACCAGGAGCCUUCAGCGAACGAUGCAUCGUCGGAGGAAGAUGGAACUAGAGAUGAUGACGACGACGGGGAUUUGGUCACGCAGCGCCAUACUGGGACGAGGGCGACCUGGAAAACGAAGUAG